AUGAGGCUUGCAUGCAACCUUCAAAUACUGUUUUCCAUCCUCUUCUGUAGUAUUAUAAUUCGAUCUGUUGUGGAUGCUCAAAAGGACGCCAAAAGUAUUGUCCGCUCCCAGAAAAAAUCCAUAGUCAGGGGAGAGUCAAGGCUGUUUCAAGCCGACCAAAAUCUCAACAAUUAUUUCAAUCGAAGACGAUCUCUUCAAAAGGAGGGUGAGGACGACAAAAAGGACGACAAGGACGACAAGGACGAGGAGAAAGAACCCACGCUAGACGAAGACGAAGACAAUAACGAUGAGGACGAGGAUGGGGAUGUAGGGGACGAAGAUAAGGACCCCCCUGAUGAAGACAAUGGUCCUGAUGAGGACAUUACUCCUGAUACUGAUGAAGACGUUCCAGACACGGAUGAAGACAAUGGUCCUGAUGCUGACAAGGACGGUCCAGACAAGGAUGAGGACAAUGGUCCUGAUGCUGAUAAGGACGGUCCGGACAAAGAUGAUGAAGAUAAGGAUGAUAAAGAUAAAGACGACGAAGAUAAGGAUGACAAGGACAAGGAUGAUGAUGAUGAUGAAGAUAAGGACGACGAAGAUGAUGAUGAUGAAGAUAACGAUGGCGAGGGUACAUCUUGCUCUGAGUGCGCUUGCUUUGCCACUGAUGACGAGCUUAAGAAUGCUGUCCGUCAAUACAUUGAUGAUGGCUGUUCGGACAGCAAGAAGUGCGACAGUGUCAUAGCAAAAGAGUAUGGCUGGCCCAUGGGAUCAUGGUGUGUUUCAAGAGUCACUACGAUGCAGGGAUUGUUUCGUGAUGCAUAUUUAUUCAACGAUGAUAUCUCAGCUUGGGAUGUCUCUUCUGUCACGAGUAUGCGAUCAAUGUUUCAGGAUGCCUAUACAUUUAAUCAGACCUUGGCAACCUGGAGUACUUCUUCAGUGACUGAUAUGAGGAGGAUGUUUGAUGGCGCCUCGUCGUUCAAUCAAGAAUUACAGUACUGGGAUGUUUCCAGAGUCGUUAGUAUGCGAAAUAUGUUCAUGGGUGCAUCAUCCUUCAAUCAAAGACUGGCACCAUGGGAUGUAUCUUCCGUCAUUGAUAUGACUGGAAUGUUUCAGGGUGCGGUAUCAUUCAACCAAGACUUGUCGCUCUGGGAUGUUUUUCAAGUUACCGAAAUGGGAAGGAUGUUUUGGGGUGCCGUGUCCUUCAAUCAAGAUCUGUCAUCCUGGCUGACGAUUUCAGUUAGGGACAUGUCGUACAUGUUUCGGGGUGCAAGAUCCUUCAACCAAGAUUUGUCGUCAUGGGAGCUUUCAAGAGUCUCGGAUAUUAAGGAAAUGUUCUUUGAUGCCUCAUCCUUCAGCCAAGAUUUGUGUGCGUGGGGAUCUCAGUUGCGAACUUCGGAACUGUAUGCGUCGAUAUCUGUAUUUACCAAUUCUGCAUGUCGUUAUCCGUCGGAUCCUCGUUUCCCACAAGGUGGACCAUUCUGUGGAUCCAUUUGCACAUGCUUUGGCGACAAGUGGGAGCUUAAGGAAGCAAUCGAUGCCGUCCAACAAGGGUCACUAUAUUGCGCCCAAGUGGCGGAGAAUCCUUCCGCACGGUGUGUUACAAAUGUCGAAGUGCUUCAUAGAAAGUACGGUCGUUCCAUAUCAUCAUGGUGUGUUUCGGAAGUAACGGACAUGUCCUUCCUCUUUAAAGACAUGGACACUUUCAAUGAGGAUAUAUCUAGCUGGGAUGUUUCUUCCGUAACAAAUAUGGAAGGCAUGUUCCAGGGCGCAUCCUCGUUCAAUCAAGACUUGUCAUCGUGGGACGUCUCUUCUGUGCAAAACGCAGACAGAAUGUUUGAUGGUGUAACCCGCAUGAGUACCACUCUUGCAUGUAGGUGGAGUGAUACUUGGAAUAGGGCCGUAUGCAAUGGAUCAAGCGCAAAUACCAAAUCGAAAUUGUGGGCACUGCUGUUGGUGCUUUGGACAAGCACAAUGGUUUACUCUUAA